AUGGUCAAGGAGACCAAGCUCUACGAUCAAUUAGGCGUCUCCUCAUCCGCCACGCAAGAUGAAAUUAAGAAGGCCUAUCGCAAGGCGGCGUUGAAAUGGCAUCCGGAUAAGAACAAAGACAAUCCGUCUGCUUCCGAAAAAUUCAAGGAGGUCUCACAGGCGUACGAAAUCCUCUCCGACCCCGAGAAACGCAAGACAUAUGAUCAAUUUGGCCUCGAGUUCCUGCUGCGCGGCGGCGCUCCUCCCCCAGAGGGCGGGGGUGGGCCCGGCGCAAACCCCUUCGAAGCAGGCGGCGGUGGCUUCCCAUUUGCGAGCUCGGGCGGUAUGCCCGGAGGCACAAGAACGUUUCAUUUCUCGACGGGUAGUGGAGGAGGUGGAUUCCAUUUCUCGAACCCGGAGAGCAUAUUCUCGGAAUUCCUGCGCGGUGGAGGCGCGAGUUUCGCCGACGAUGACGACCUUGGAGGCUUUGGAAUGGGUGGUAUGCCCGGUGGUAUGCCUGGCGGUAUGCCUGGCAUGGGCGCGUCUGGGCGCUCGAAACGGGGACCCGGCGGAAGUCGAUUUGAUGGCGGACGUCGGGCGCCGACACCUGAGGUUACAGUUGUUGAGAAGGACCUCCCGGUUAGCCUGGAAGAGCUUUUUAACGGCACGACGAAGAAGAUGAAAAUUAAGCGGAAGACGUAUGAUCAGGCAACUGGGAAACAGAGUACGCAAGAUCGGAUUCUGGAGGUGCCGAUCAAGAAGGGGCUGAAGGCGGGCAGUAAGAUCAAGUUCUCGGACGUGGGGGAUCAGGUCGAAGGUGGAACGCAGGAUCUGCAUUUCAUUGUCAAAGAGAAACCUCACCCCCUCUUCAAACGUGAAGGCGACGACAUUUUGCACACCAUCGACAUCGACCUGAAAGAAGCUUUGACCGGCUGGCGCCGAACAGUCCAAACGAUUGACGGCAAACAACUCCAAGUCAGUAACGGCGGUCCAACAGGCCCCACCUUUGAAGAACGGUACCCGAGUCUCGGCAUGCCGAAAAGCAAGAAGCCGGCGGAACGGGGCGAUUUCGUGGUCGGUGUCAGAAUUAAGUUUCCUACGACGUUGACGCAGACUCAGAAGGAUGUGUUGAGAGAUGUUUUGUAA